UCCUGAGCCUCAGCCCUCACAGGGCCCUAAGCCUUUUCCAGGCAUCUGACACAAUCUACCUCCAGAACUGGAUCUUUCUCUGGUGGGUCCUCAGGGAAGACCACUGCUGUACUGGUGACCGUGACCUGCCUGACCAUCACAGCACCAUGCCCACCCGGUCGACAUCCCCAAGCGAUGGUGACCUGUUUGUCGUGUGCUGCUGCCUCCGCCUGCCGCAGCUCUUCUCCACCUGCAUGGCCUUCUCGCUUGUGGCUGACAUUGGCAUUUCGAGAGGGGCCAUAGGAAACUGGUCCAUGUCCUUCUGGUGCGUCUGUUUCGCCAUGACCUUCCUCAUCUACAUAAUCGAGUUAUGCAGGGCCGAUUCUGAAUUUCCUUUCCUCUGGUACAACAUCUCUGUCACCUAUGCCUGUUAUGCUGCCCUCAUCUGCCUCUCAGCCUCCAUCAUCUACUCCAUCACCUACGUUCAGUUCGUGCCUUAUGGUCCUUACCGGGACCGGGCCAUCGCCGCCACUGCUUUCUCCUGCAUUGCAUCUGUGCUGUAUGUCAUAGAAGUGGCCAGGAUAUGGGACUGUUAUGAGCUCACAGAGAUCUUCUUCUAUAAGAAUACCAAGCGAGCCCUGCUGAAGGUGCUGGAGACCUUUGUGGCCGGUGCCAUCUUUGCCUUCCUCAGCAACACCUCCCUGUACCUGCACCAGCCGGCCCUGGAGUGGUGUGUGGCCGUGUACUCCAUCUGCUUCAUCCUGGCAGCUGUGGUCCUCCUGCUGGGCCUGGCUGAAUGGGAAUACAUGCCGCCCGGGCCCUUCUCCAUUUUCCAGCUAGUGCUCAGCCUGCUCUCUGUCCUCCUCUAUAUCAGUGCUCUGGUCCUCUGGCCACUCUACCAGUUCAGCGAGGAAUUCGGCGGGCAGCCCCAGAGGUCCAGUGAUGGGGACUGCAGGGACGAGCUCACCUAUGACAUGUGCGCCUGGGACCAGCGCCUGGCUGUGGCCAUCCUGACAGCCGUCAACCUGCUGGUUUAUGUGGCCGACCUGGGGUACUGGGCUUGCCAGGUCUCUGUAGGGACUGAGGACCAGCCCAGGGACUCCUGAUCCUCUGCUCACAGGAGGUAUCCUCAGUGAACUCUGACAUCCUCUGAUGCCCUCUUCCUGGAUUGCUCUCUCCCUCCUCCCAUCCUUCCCCAUGCAUCUCACUCUCUUUUCUGUUCCCUUCCCUCCUGCUGCUCUGUCUCCUUCCUGGUUUCCUUGGUUGCUCAAUUUCUGUUUUGUCUCUUUCUCUUGCUUCUCUCAUUUUUCCUUCAUUUUCUGCUUUUUGGCCCUUUUCUGAUCGUCCUUAGUUUUCUUGUCUCCUGUGUCCUGACCACCUCGCCCCAUUUUCCAUCUUCUGAUCCAUCAGGACCUGAGACCCCUUCCUUCUCUGCCCACAGCCCCCUCCCGCCUCCUGAGGUGCUGACUCCAUAGCACACAGCCCUCUGUGCAGCUGAUCACACGCUGGGCCUCCUGAGGGGCCUCAUUGCCAAAGCGUGUCUGUCCCCCUGGCAGUGCCUUACUGGUGUGGCUGGGAGAGUUUACGGGAUGUGGGCAGGUAGGAAGGGAUUGGGCUUUUUUUCUCCCAAUGGAGCAACUGUAUAGUGCACCUCCCCUCUAAGUUAAAAAAAAACCUCUGAAGGUCAAUAAUCUUUAGUGGGCGAGAUUCUUGCAUGAGAUACUCUGGGUUCCUGGGCCCCACUUAGUGCUCAGUCCUCCAGGAGAUUGGCUCCAGAAUUUUUGCAGGCUCACUAAACAUCCGUUGCUUAGAGGGCAUCUUGGAGGAAGCCAAGGGUAAAUGACUUCCACCCCAACUACUCUCUGGGGAAUCAAAAAAAAAAAAAAAGCUGGUGAAGAUCCCCAGGGUCUUGAAGACACCUGUCUGCAGUGUUUGUGAAGGGCAGUGAUGUGGUCCCCCUGACUCAGUGAUCAAAACAGCAGAUCCUGCCUCUGCAGGGAGAAGAGCAUGGACACUGCCAACCUGUCUGAGUGUUUUGUUUUGUUUUUCCUUUUUUUCCUUCUGUUCUGGGGGCCAAAAAUUACUGAGUGACUUUGUUCUUCAAAAGAAAGUUUCAGAUAUUCUUGGGUGGGUGGUUUGUAGGGGCUGGGGGUUGCUGCUUCUGUUGUCAAAGAAACUGUAUUGUUGGGUGUGAGGGGACACAUACAUGUGUUUUUCUGUGUCAGUUGCUUUUUGAUGUUGCUUCCUGCUUCUCUGGGACUCAGGCAUAAUUUGAACUAUAUAAAUGUGCACAAUUUAAAAAAUUUUUCUGGAGUUUCUUAUUCCUAUCAGCACUGCUAUCAAUCAUAGAGAAUGGUUUUUUCUAUUC